AUGUCUGAGGCAUCAGAACCUUCUAACAGCAAAGAAGAAGAGGAAACCACAUCUGAACUAGAGGAGCAUUCUAACGACAGCAGUGAGGAGGAAGGGGCUGAAAACUCUGAGAUGGAUUUCCUGCGGAACUUGUUUUCCCGCACUCUGGGUCUUGGCACACCCGAUAAGGUUUUGGAUGAUUUGACCUUGGAAGGAGUGGCCCAAUACAUUCUUAGUGGCAAAUGUAAAAACAUCCUCUGUAUGGCUGGUGCUGGUAUAUCCACAUCGGCUGGGAUUCCUGAUUUCCGCUCCCCUGAUACUGGUCUAUAUGCAAACAUGAAAAAAUACAACCUGCCCUACCCUGAGGCCAUCUUUCAAAUAGAUUACUUCAAGAAACAUCCAGAGCCGUUCUUUGCCUUGGCCAAAGAGCUUUAUCCAGGACAGUUUAGGCCAACUGUGUGCCAUUACUUCAUGAAGCUGCUGAAGGACAAAGGACUACUGAAACGUUGCUACACACAGAAUAUUGACACCCUGGAGCGAGUGGCCGGGCUUGAGAGCAGUGAUCUCAUUGAAGCCCACGGGACGUUUCACACAUCCCACUGUGUCAAAUUCACUUGCCGCAAAGAGUACAACCUGGACUGGAUGAAAGAUAAAAUAUUUUCUGAUGACAUUCCCAGAUGUGAAAAAUGCAACAGUCUGGUCAAACCAGAUAUUGUCUUUUUUGGCGAGAGUCUACCAGUGCGGUUCUUCACUUCAAUGAAGAUGGAUUUCCCACGUUGUGAUCUUCUCAUCAUCAUGGGAACAUCUUUGCAGGUCCAGCCUUUUGCAAGUCUGGUCAGCAGGGUUUCAAAAAGCUGCCCAAGGUUGCUCAUCAACAUGGAAAAGACAGGCCAAGGUGACCCUAUGUUAGGUUUACUGGGUUUUGGAGGAGGAAUGGACUUUGAUUCGGACAAGGCAUACAGAGAUGUUGCUCAUAUCAGUACAUGCGAUGAUGGCUGUAUGGCACUGGCUGAACUGCUGGGAUGGAAGGCUGAGUUGGAAGAAUUAGUGAAGCGGGAGCAUGCCAGGAUCGACAGCCAGGACAAGGAAGGAAAGUCAAGUGAAAGCAAAGGUGCAAGCUCUUCAUAA